UUCGUGUUCCGGCCCGGCACCAUUGAGCAGGCGGUGGAGGAGAUCGGCGUGGUGGUGCGGCCGGUGGAGGACGGCGACAUCCAGGGCGUGUGGCUGCUGACCGAGGUUGACCACUGGAACAACGAGAAAGAGCGGCUGGUGCUCAUCACAGACCAGGCGCUUCUCAUCUGCAAGUACGACUUCAUCAGCCUUCAGUGCCAGCAGGUGGUCCGCAUCGCCUUAAAUGCGGUGGACACCAUCUCCUGCGGAGAAUUCCAGUUUCCCCCGAAAUCGCUCAACAAGCGAGAAGGUUUUGGGAUUCGCAUUCAGUGGGACAAACAGAGCCGCCCUUCCUUCAUAAACAGAUGGAACCCCUGGUCCACCAAUGUGCCCUACGCCACGUUCAUAGAGCAUCCAAUGGCUGGUGCGGAUGAGAAGACAGCCUCUCUGUGCCAAUUGGAAAGCUUCAAAGCUAUGUUAAUCCAAGCUGUCAAAAAAGCCCAAAAAGAGAGUCCUUUGCCGGGACAAGCCAACGGUGUGCUGGUCUUGGAGCGUCCCCUCCUCAUUGAGACCUACGUGGGAUUGAUGUCCUUCAUUAACAACGAGGCUAAAUUGGGUUAUUCCAUGACUAGAGGCAAAAUAGGCUUCUAGACGCUGCCCACAGGCAGAUCUGGGGACUCGGGGUGUCAGGCCAGCUCUGCUGCCCCUGGCAGGGUUGGGGCUGUUAACCUUUCGGGAAUUUGAGCGUGAUUAGAAUAGUCCAAUGAAUUCUAUACUCUAGCUGAAUCUUGGACAUCUGGUAAUAGGAGCUACAGACAAAAAGCAAAAUGAAUCUAGCUGUCCCUGUCCUGGCCGGUAUUCCAUCUUCUAGAACCUGUUUCCGUGUUUUUCCUGGAGUGUCUGCAUUUGGCUUUUCAUGGUCCUUCCCAGCCCAGCACUCUAGCAUGUUAAUAAACGUGUGAUCCCACUAGAACCUCCCUGCUAGCACUUCAACCGUGUAGAUUGUUCCACCCAGGGAGGUCCCUAAACCCCAGUGCCUGUAGCUGCAAAUACCUUUAUACUUGGUGUCAAAUUUUGUAUUUUGAAAUUUAAUUCAUUUUUUUAAAGCUAAAUGCAAAACAACCCAGACUGUUGAACUAAAGGAGAGACAGUCUGCCUCAUCAGCUCCUGAAUGAACAGCUGCUUUUGUGUAAAUAUGUGUUUGACCUAAAGUCACACUUUUUCUAAAAUUAUAUUGUGUUAAUACCUCUGGCAUCUUUCCCAGGCCCAGAAGUUUGCAGGAAGUCAUUUUUAGACAAUUCAUUAAUUUGAGAGUCACCUUGAUAUUCUUUGCAAACAAUAUGACAACUAUGCCUAGUCUAGGUUUGUAUUCUCAUACUCAUAUUUAAAAUGGGGAUUGCUUACUUUGCUUUUAAAGAAUGCCCUUUUAAAAAAAGGGACCGUAUUAGAUUCUCAUCUCCUAUGCUGCUAACCCCUGGCCCGGUGACCGCAGCGCCCACGCAGACCGGAGGCUGUCAGCGUCGCCCUGACCACGCCUGAGCCGUGGCGGCCCACAGAAGAGCAUGUCCAUGUGGGAACCGGGCACGCUACCCAUGCGCCCGCCCGUCCUCGGCUUGCUGGCUCGACCGGGAGCAUUGGUUACCAGCUUGAAGUGCUGGCUCACAGGUUUCUUCCUCCAUAUUUACAACUCUGGUGUAGCUUUAGUCGGCAUGGAUGUGCUCCAAAUGCAGCAGCCUAUGAAAAUCGAAAGGCUGCUUCCACACCACCUGGGUCUUGAGCCUUCGUUUUUGGUCUUGUAGUAAAGACAUUUACAGUCGAA